AUGUUCUACAGCGCAACUAUAAGAAAUACUUCUGAAGCCCCGGCUAUUUCAAAUGGUUUUGAAUCCGGAACAGAUUACUCCUCAAGUGAGGAACCGCUACAAGUACACCGCGUACCAAAACAUCGGCUUCCAGAUAGGCAACCGAUUCCCGUUGCAAUUCAUACCUUUAAAAUUAAGAUUUUACCCUGGAAGACUAUACAAAUUAAUUCAGAUCGAUUGAGUAUUGAAGCUCUACUAGACAGAAAUUUUAACAUAACUGAAAUUGUAUUACAAGUUACCCUUGCUGCUCUAGUUAGUGGCUUGGGCUUUCUAAUUCUAAUGCAAAAUUACCUUUAUGAGUUCUGGGUAUUUUGGUUUUGUUUCGUUAUGGCUAGCUGCCAUUUUUCUCUCUUGAAAAGUGUACAACCAGAUGCCUGUUCUCCCGCUCAUGGUUACAAUAAAAUUACCGUGUACAGUAGAUCAGUCUAUUUCUGCAUAUGUACGUCCAUAAUUCUUAUUCUUGAUGCUUUUGCGAAACAAAAGCCUGAUCCGAUGUACCUGUAUGGUCUAAGGAUAAACAAUCCUACUGUUGUCCUAUUUGCUAGGGAUCUGAUGAUUGUAAUUACGAUGCUUUUGCCAUUCCUGUUUCUACUUGGUAUUUUCCCACAAGUAAAUACGUUUUGCUUAUACUUCUUGGAACAAGUCGAUAUUCAUGUUUUUGGCGGAAGUGCUUUAACCAGUCUCCACGCUGCUGUUUUUACUAUCAUUCGAAAUAUUGCUCUUGUUGCUCUCAAUUAUGCUAUUUGCUAUGCUGCACUUCCGAGUACAGAAAAUGCUGCAGGGCAGAAUAGUUUAGGUUUUUCUGCCUACUGUGCUGUUCUCGUAUCAACAUCAUUUUUUCUAAGCCGGUCUAAUAGUGAUCCAACAAUAAUCUGGUCAUUAGCAGUACCCAUAUUUAAACACGGACAACCUCCUGAAGAUAUUUCACAAAGUGAAUCCAACGAUUUAGAGAAAAUGCUUCCUGAGAGGCUUAAAGUGACUAUUAGGGAGCGAUUACAUAAUGAUGCUGUCACUAUGUUGUUGAUAAUGUUAAUUGUCUUUGCUGUACACGCUACGACUAUAUUUAACUUUAAUGCUAUGGUAAUGAUAAUCAUACAAGUUUGCAUAGGUGUUGUUGGUGUAAUUUUGCAUUACAUUCUCCCACAAAUGCGUAAACAUCAGCCAUGGCUAUGUUUCAAAUACCCCAUUUUAAAGAGCAGAGAAUACCAUGUUUUCGAAGUUACAGAAGCGGCAAAAAUUAUGUGGUUCGAGAAAUUCUACAUUACAGCUCAGUUGGUUGAGUGUAAUGUGUUGUAUAUAUUUCUCUUCUUGGCUGCGAUUACGCAUAACGCUGCUAUUGUAAUGCGUAAUUUUGGUCCAUACGUUGCUCCAUUAAUACUGACCAUAACUGGGAUAAAAGCGUUUCGAUCCUCAUUUUGUCGGCCAGCACAUCAAUAUCUUACGUUAAUUUUUACGGUCCUGUGCUUCAAUUAUGAUUUGCGAAAAUAUAGCGAAACUUUUAUGAUUGAUUUUUUCUUUAUGGGAUUAGCCGUUAGCAAGAUCUAUGAAUUGGUGUUAAGAAUGAAAUUCGUACUUUCUUAUAUUUCUCCAUGGCAAAUUGCUUGGGGCUCUGCUUUUCAUGCAUUCGCUCAACCUUUUAGUGCUCCCCAUUCAGCUAUGCUUUUCUUGCAAACGAUUAUUUCAGCUGUACUUUCAGCUCCUCUGAAUCCAUUCUUGGGAAGUGCAAUAUUCAUCACUUCUUAUGCUAGACCGUUAAAAUUUUGGGAACGUAACUACAACACCCAAAGGGCAGAUCAUUCCAAUGUGCAACUAUCUUCAUAUCUCGAAAGGAGUCCACUGAGCUUCGACGACAAUAAUUUAAAUUCAAUUUUCUAUGAGCACCUUGCGUAUUCAUUACAGAAAAGUCUUUGUGGAGAUAUACUGUUGGGCCGUUGGGGAAUUGUAAUGGCUGGAGACUGUUUUGUCCUAGCGUCAGACUAUCUUAACUGCUUGGUGCAUAUUAUUGAGAUAGGCAACGGAUUUGUAACUUUUCAAAUACGCGGCCUAGAGUUUAAAGGAACCUAUUGUCAGCAGAGAGAAGUUGAAGCCAUAACUGAAGAAGUUCACAAAGAUAAAGGUCGGUGUUGUUGUUGCAAUUUAAAGCAAGAGCUACCAUAUGUUUUAUCUCUUAAUGCCGCAUUCAAUCAACGUUGGCUGGCUUGGGAAGUAAAGAAUAAAAAAUAUAUCUGUGAAGGAUAUAGCAUUAGUGACAAUAGUGCAUCGCCAAUGCUUCGUGUUUAUGAUUUGAGAAAAAUCUUGAUAACCUACUAUGUGAAGGCAAUUUUGUAUUACCUUUUCAAAAUUCCUAAUUUGGAAGAGUGGCUAGACAAAGACGUAGUCAAAGACAUGAUUGCUACUCGUUCUCGUCAAGGUUUUGUGGAUAUCGAGAGACUAUGUUUCUAUAAUAUGAUAGAUGAAGACUUUGAUCUAAGGAAAGGCGGAAUUACUAUGAAUAGUUUUUGCAAUAUUUAUUUUGAUUGGAUAAAGUGCUGUGCUAAGAAACGAUCACCUUCCAUGGUGGUAAGACGAGAAUCUCCCGCCGUUGUUCUAUCUUUUGCGUUUGCGACUCUUGGAAGAAGGGCUUUGGGUGUAGCUUCAAAUAAUCAAAUUGCGAGUCUGGAUUCUUUCCUCUAUGGAUUACAUUCAUUAUUUAAAGGAGACAUUCGUGUAAUGUCUGACAAAGAUGAGUGGGUAUUUUCAGACUUCGAUAUGCUUAAAAAAGUUAUUGCGCCAGCUAUUCGAAUCUCGCUCAAAUUGCAUCAGGAUCACUUUACAGCGUGCGAUGAGUAUGAAAAUGUAGAGAAUCUUUAUUCCGCAAUAGAAGCAUAUAAUGAUAAUAUCGUCAUCUGUCAUGAGGCAGACCCUCAAUGGAGACAGGCAGUGUUAUCAAAUGCACCUUCACUACUUGCCUUACGGCAUGUGCUUGACGAAGGUGUUAAUGAAUACAAGAUCAUCAUGUUAAAUAAAACCUAUCUUAACUUUAGAGUAAUUAAGAUCAAUCGUGAAUGUGUACGUGGACUGUGGGCAGGUCAGCAACAGGAAUUGAUAUUCUUUAGAAACAGUAAUCCUGAACGCGGGUCAAUUCAAAAUGCUAAGCAAGCCUUACGUAAUAUUGUCAACUCAUCAUGUGAUCAACCUAUUGGCUACCCUAUUUAUGUUUCGCCACUACUCACAUCUUAUUCUGAAACGAGCGAACAGUUAACUUCUAUAACAGGCAGAUCGAUCAGUUUUCCAUUACUGUCAAGACGAUUAAGCAGACUAUGGAGUAGAAUAUCUGGUUACUGCUCUUCCGAUAGAAAUAAU